GCCACCGAAAUUCCAAGCCCAUGCCCAUUAAAAACAAGAACAAAUGUAAAUAGCCAAAGAAUAUUCGGGGCAAUUUCGGCAACCAGCGUAAGAUACCAGAACGACUCUCUCGCUCUCCGAUCAAACUUUCUCUCCAACUCUUCAAUCAGGCAGUACUCAUUGUACGCCGAAUUGGACCGUUGGUUGCAAUCUGACCAGCUGUACGGAAGCACUCCGAUCGUCGCCGGAGCUCCGAAUCAACAGUGCAAGCGGGGUCCUCUUAGAAUAAUGGGAAAAAGUAGGUGGUUCAUAUUGGCAAUCUAUACAUGUCUACUUGCGUUUUCUAGUGGGAGAGAACUUCAAAUUUUAGAAAAGGUGGAUCAUGGGUCCAUUUACAAUCAUACCAUGGCCACCAUAUUGGUGGAGUAUGCUUCUGCGGUGUAUGUGUCAGAUUUGACAGAGUUGUUUACUUGGACGUGUCGAAGAUGUGAUGGUUUGACUAAGGGAUUUGAAGUUAUAGAGUUGGUUGUUGACAUCCAGCACUGCUUACAGGGCUUUGUUGGAGUGGCAAAAGAUCUUAAUGCUAUUGUGAUUGCAUUUAGAGGAACUCAGGAACACAGCAUAAUGAAUUGGAUUGAAGACUUAUACUGGAAACAGCUCGACUUAAAUUACCCUGGCAUGGAUGAUGCAAUGGUGCACCAUGGAUUUUAUUAUGCUUACCACAACACAACUAUACGCCCUGCAGUUUUAAAUGCUGUUAGAAGGGCAAAGAAGUUCUAUGGGGACAUUCCCAUCAUGGUAACAGGGCAUUCAAUGGGAGGGGCGAUGGCCUCCUUUUGUGGACUUGAUCUAAAGGUUAAUCAUGAAGCACAGGAUGUUCGAGUUAUGACAUUUGGACAACCUCGUAUUGGCAAUGCAGUAUUUGCAACUUACUAUAGCAAACUUGUGCCAAAUACAGUUAGAGUCACAAAUGAGCAUGAUAUUGUGCCUCAUUUGCCUCCAUAUUAUACUCAUUUCCCUCAAAAGACGUACCACCACUUCCCAAGAGAGGUGUGGCUUUACAACAUUGGAUUAGGGAGUCUUGUUUAUAAAAUUGAGAAGAUCUGCGACGGUACCGGGGAAGACCCAACCUGUAGCAGGUCAGUGACCGGGAACAGCAUUUCAGACCAUUUAGUGUAUUAUGGUGUUGAAUUAAUGUGUAGAACACCAGGAACAUGCAGAAUUGUGAUGGAUUCCCAAGUGACGGAGUAUGGCAAAGUCGAUCUUGUAGGAAACUUUAUCUUAUCCAGGGAUCCUGCAACUCCAGUUAUCAAAUUGAAUAGAGAGUCAGAUAUUGGGGAGAGACAAGUUCAGAAUUGAUUUGGUCAUCCUACACGAUACUUGUGAGAGCUCAGUUGUGGAUUAACACCUUAUAGAAUGUGUCUUCGCUUGUUUGUUUAGAACCCUUUUGGAAAGGUACUGCAGCUGAAUAUUGUUGAAAAAUGAUGGGGUUGGAAUGGAAAUUAUGUAUAUAUGAAUUGUGUACAUCUUCUUCCCCAUUAAUAUGAUCACCAUUGUUAAUAUGAUCACCAUUGUUUUCAUUAUA